AAUAAAUAUGUAUUUCAUCACUUUGCCACAAUUUUUUAUUAGUUUGUUUCCCUUUUUGUCACCAUCCUUUUUCGUAGUCUCAAAUUGGUUCAUGUAUUUACGUUUUUGCCUCUUUGACCUUCUUUUUUAUUUUUUCUUCUUUGCUGUUGUAAAUAAAAAUAGGAUGAUAAUUGGCUUAUAUAGAAUCUAUUCCAUAUACACAUGAAAAUUAAAUUAGGCCCUUUAAAUGGUAAUCAAUUAAAACUAGCAUUUAAUUAUUAAUAGAAAAAAAUUGAGUUACAAGAGUUUAUUAAUUGUUUUCAUUAAUAUAUGUUUCUCCGUUAUAUGUGGAAUUUUAAUACCUUUUCAUUAAUUUUCCUUUUUUUCCCUUUCCAUUUCAUUUUAAUUUUCCAUUAUAUACCCCCCUUCAAGUUCAAUUUCAUGGUCCAUCUUAUUAUUUCUUUUAUUUAUUUAUUUAUUUAUUUUUAUUUAGCAAUUCUAAUUCUUUUUUUUCUUUUCUUUUUUUUUUUUUAAUUUUCACAUUCAAUGACUUUUCUUUGCCAUCAUUCUUUCAUGAAUUUGAUUUUGACUAACUCUAGAAAUUUUAUAGUUAGAGUGUAAGCUAGUGAAGUAUAGUGAGGGGGGAAAAAAGAUUUUGAGACUCUUAGUCAAUUGUCAACUUUGAUUAAAUUUAUUCUUAUCCAAAUUUAUUUAAAUAUAAAUAUCUAAGAUUACAUAAAUCUUCAAACACUACUUACAAGUAUUUAUAGCAAGAUUUAUUUAUCUUUUUUUUUUAAUUUAGAGUAAAAAACACACAGAGAAAAGAAGAAUAUUUUUUUCUUGUUCAAACAAAGAUAGAAAAAUGUCACCUUUUUCACUUGAUUUCUUGUCAACUAAAAGAUCAAAUGUUCAGAGUUUUCUUCAAUCAGUCACACCGGUUAUCACUUCAAAACCUCUUCUACCAAAGAGUAACAUGGAUGAUCAAAAUAGCAUGUGGAAUUCAAAUGGUGAUAAGUACUUCACACUCAGAGAUUUAUGGGACUGUUACGAAGAGUGGAGUGCAUAUGGUGUUGGUGCUCCCAUUUAUUUGAAAGAUGAUAAUGAAAGUGUUAUUCAAUAUUAUGCUCCUUAUUUAUCAGCAAUCCAAAUUUACACAGUCAAAUCAGCUUCCUCACUAAUAAGAAACUCAUCUUCUGGAGAUCAUGAGGUGGAUUUCGAGACGGAGUCUUGGAGUGAUGCAAGUGAGAACAGCGAGAAGUUGUCAAGAACUAUAAGUAACAACUCCAUUUCUGCAGAUUCAUGUUUUGAGUUGGAUGCUUCAAGAGAUCGCCUUGGCUAUCUCUAUUUCCAGUAUUCUGAGACAUGCUCUCCUUUUUGGAGAAUUCCCUUUUCAGAUAAGAUCCUUGAAUUUACUCAGCACUAUCCUGGACUCGCGAUGCUAAAGAGCACUGAAUUAUCUGCUGCAAGUUGGAUGGCUGUUGCUUGGUAUCCAAUCUACCAUGUUCCAAUGAAAGGAAUUACUAAAAAUGUUUCUGCAAGCUUUCUUACCUACCAUACAUUGUCAUCAACUUUCCAAGAUGUUGCAGAAGAGAACCCCGAUGGAAAAAGUGAAAUUCGGCUUAGUCCAUUUGGCUUAGCUGCAUACAAGAUGCAAAAUGAUGUAUGGCUAAACACUCAUACACAGAAGGACUAUGAAAAGCUAUGUGAUCUUCAAAAUGCUGCAGAUUCAUGGCUGAAGCAGCUUUCUUAUAGUCACCAUGACUUCAAUUUCUUCACCGCGCAUUCUAACUUGGAGCAUGGAGGUUACUCAUUAUGAAAUCAUUCAGAGCCUCUGCCAUCAUUCUUGUCAUGUUCUUUAGAUGGUUUUCUCCAAGAAACUGAAACUGAUGUACCCUCUUUCAAUUCAUUUGAUGGGGAAAUCGUUAGAUUGUUUAAGAUAUAUUUUCCUUUGUGAUUUUGGAGGAUUUCAGUUUUGUAAAUAUCUCAUGCAGCUCUAUAUUUCAACAAGUACUAAAAAUUUUGGGCCUAGGUCUUGGGCAUUUGCUUUUCUCAACAAGUUAUCACAUGUUUCAUCAUGUUGACAUUCAAACUACAAAAUAUUAAGUCCAAGUUGUAGAGAUUUCAAUCUUCUUCUUGUUUAUAAUCUAGAAAUCUCAAGUGUGUCAAUGAAGCAA